AAGGAAUCGCUCUUUUUCCUUGUCGUUCUCCGUUUUACUCCUCUCUGUAAAUCCAUACUCAAUUUCCCAUUUCCACCCGCGCGCAAACUGCCGAAAGUGAAAGAUUACUCAAUUUUGUUACCACACACAGACAGAGUUGGAAACAUUAGAAGCGAUCAUGGUGAAGCUGACAGUCGUUGGAAGGGUGAAUGACGGAUUGCCCAUUUCACGAGGGCCCUUAUAUGAAGAAGACGGCGACAAUUCCAUCUACAAGCAACAUGCAGAGUUCUUGCUUCAUGAAAUCUCCAUGGCGGCUUUGCCACCUUCCGCCACCACAAUCCUCCUCCCUCACCACCAUUGCUUCAACUAUGUGGUGAAGAAUGGGGUUUGCUUCAUUACUUUGUGUGAUGCUUUAUAUCCAAGGAAGCUUGCAUUCCACUACCUUCAAGAUUUGCAAAAGGAGUUUGACAAGAUUGAUCAAAACCUUGUUAAACAGAUCACCAAACCAUACAGCUUUAUCAAAUUCAAUAACAUUAUUUGCAAUAUCAGAAGACAAUAUAUGGAUACAAGAACUCAAGCAAACUUAUCGAAGCUAAAGGCCAACCACAAACAAGAAUUACAUGUUCAUACCGAACAAAUGUCUCUAGUUGUUGAAUGGCGGAGAAGAUCAGAUAUGCUGGAGAGAAUGAUGAAAGCACAUAAAAGUGCUUUCUCAGUGUGGGGAUCCGAGACUCUUGAGGUUAUUGCAGUGAAAUGGACACCGAUUACAAUCAUCUUCAUUGUUUCAUUUGUUCUCUUAUGGAGCAGCUUUAAACAAUGAGAAUCUGUAAAUUCCAUCCCUUAAAUGACAAAAACAGUAAGCUUGGAUGUGGAGCAACCAUGAGAGAAGAAUUUGUUUGUACAUUAUCAGCAUGAAUAUAUCUCAAGAAAAUCAAAAUAUUGAGGAUUUUGUCUCCAGAAUAUUGUUGUUGUGUAUUUUGUGUAUAUGUUCAGUUAGUACUUGUAAAUGUAUUGGGUCAUUCAUUCAUGAUCCUGAGUUUUUAAGUCAUUAGUUAACAAGUUUCCAUAGAAGUAGUUCAAGAAUUCUUUUAUGUAAUGCUUUUGAAAAUCUUUCUAAUUAUAAUGAUAAAAAAAGACAG